AUGCAGGAGCACAUGCCUCCAGCCUGUUACUGCUGCAAUGGCAGCUACGAUGACCAGCAGCAGGGUUGUAAAGAGGAGGGCAGCGAGGGCAGAGCCGCGCUUGUUCAGAUUGCAGAGUCCAUGGAAAAGGGUUCCAAGGAGAGCCUGAUAAUUCAGUGCGCAGAGGACAACCACGAGGGUCGCGGUGAUGUAAACAACGACAACAGUAAUCAGAUCUCCACCAACGGCCAUCGGCAUAGUGCUAGUGAAGACAUUGUCUAG